GCUAAAACCCAUCCCCAAGAACAGAUCCAGCCCUGGGUAUUUUAUUCAACAGACCUAAAUAUAGGCUCCUAAAUUUAGAGGGCAAGAUGCUACUUUUAGCUUCCCUUCCUCAGAGGAGAACAGCACGCGCCCAGCUAAGGUCCAUACGGGUUUCAUUUAGCAUUUGGGUAACUAGGAGCUCAUGGAGUUUAAAGAGUUUUGCCCAGCAAGUGCCCAGGUAACUCAGGUUGUGGCAGCAUUGCCUGAAGAUAUGAGACCAGGUUCUAACUUCUAUGGUUUUCCAUGGGAAUUAGUGAUAUGUGCAACUAUUGUUGGAUUUUUUGCUAUUCUCUUGUUUUUGUGGAGAAGUUUUCGAUCGGUUAGAAGCCGGCUUUAUGUAGGAAGAGAGAAAAAGCUUGCUGCAGAACUUUCUACACUGAUCGAAGAAAAAUGUAAACUACUUGAAAAAUUUAGUGUUGUUCAAAAGGAGUAUGAAGGCUUAGAGUCAUCUUUAAAGGAUGCCAGCUUUGAGAAGGAGUCAACAGAAGCACAAAGUUUGGAGGCAGUCUGUGAAAAGCUGACUAGGUCCACAUCUGAACUUGAGGAUGAAAUACUCAUUCUAGAAAAAGAGUUAAAAGAAGAGAAAUCUAAACAUUCGGAACAAGAUGAAUUGAUGGUGGAUAUUUCAAAAAGGAUACAGUCCCUAGAAGAGGAAUCAAAGUCCCUCAAAUCACAAGUAUCUGAAGCCAAAACAACCUUCAAAAUAUUUCAGAUGAAUGAAGAAAGACUUAAGGUAGCUAUAAAAGAGGCUUUGAGUGACAAUUCUCAACUUCAGGAAAGCCAGAAACAGCUUUUACAAGAAGCUGAAGAAUGGCGAGAACAAGUGAAUGAACUUAAUAAACAGAAAAUAACAUUCGAAGACUCCAAAGUACAUGUGGAACAAGUUCUGUGUGAUAAAGAAAAUCAGAUUAAGUCUCUGACUGAGCGCUUACAAAAGAUGAAAGACUGGGCUGCUGUGCUUGGAGAAGACAUAACAGAUGAUGAUAACUUGGAAUUGGAAAUGAAGAGUGAUUCAGGGAAUGGUGCGCACUUAGAUAAUCAACCGAAAGGAGCUUUGAAGAAACUGAUUCAUGCUGCUAAGUUAAGAGCUUCUUUAAAAACCCUAGAAGGAGAAAGAAACCAAAUUUACACUCAAUUAUCCGAAGUUGAUAAAACAAAAGAAGAGCUUACAGAGUGUAUUAAUAAUCUCCAGACAGAACAAGCAUCUUUACAGUCAGAAAAUACACAGUUUGAAAGUGAGACUCAAAAGCUUCAGCAGAAACUUAAAGUAAUCACUGAACUGUAUCAAGAAAAUGAAAUGACACUUCACAGGAAGUUAACAGCAGAGGAAAACUACCGGUUAGAGAAAGAGGAGAAACUUUCCAAAGCAGAUGAAAAGAUCAGCCAUGCAGCCGAAGAGCUGGAGACCUAUAGAAAGCGAGCCAAAGAUCUAGAAGAAGAAUUGGAGAGAACCAUUCAUUCUUAUCAAGGACAGAUUAUUUCUCAUGAGAAAAAAGCACAUGAUAAUUGGUUGGCAGCUCGAACUACUGAAAGAAACCUCAAUGAUUUAAGGAAAGAAAAUGCUCACAAUAGACAAAAAUUAACUGAAACAGAGUUUAAAUUUGAACUUUUAGAAAAAGAUCCUUACGCACUUGAUGUUCCAAAUACAGCAUUUGGCAGAGAGCAUUCCCCAUAUGGUCCCUCACCAUUGGGUCGACCUUCACCUGAAAUGAGAGCUUUUCUCUCCCCUCCAACUUUGUUGGAGGGUCCACUCAGACUCUCACCUUUGCUUCCAGGGGGAGGAGGAAGAGGCUCAAGAGGCCCAGGGAAUCCUCUGGACCAUCAGAUUACCAAUGAAAGAGGAGAAUCAAGCUCUGAUAGGUUAACUGAUCCUCAUAGAGCAUCUUCUGACACUGGGUCCCUUUCACCUCCCUGGGAACAAGAUCGUAGGAUGAUGAUUCCUCCAUCAGGCCAACCGUAUCCUGAUCCAGUUCUUCCUCCACAAAGGCAAGACAGAUUUUAUUCUAAUUCUGGUAGACUUUCUGGACCAGCAGAACUCAGAAGUUUUAAUAUGCCAUCUUUGGAUAAAACGGAUGGGCCAGUGUCUUCAGAAAUGGAAUCCAGUAGAAAUGAUAGCAAAGACGAUCUUGGAAAUUUAAACGUGGCUGAUUCAUCUCAUCCCAUUGAAAAUGAAGCACCUGGCCCUGGCUUGGUUCCCCCACCUCACGCUCCAAUCAGAGGCCCAUUGUUUCCAAUGGGUACAAGGGGCCCUUUCAUUAGAAGGGGUCCUCCUUUUCCUCCACCUCCUCCAGGAAGCAUGUACGGAGCUUCCCGUGAUUAUUUUCCACGAAGGGAUUUCCCUGGCCCAGCACCUCCUCCAUUUGCAAUGAGAAAUGUCUUUCCACCAAGAGGUUUUCCUCAUUAUCUUCCCCCAAGAGCUGGAUUUUUCCCUCCACCCCCGCAUCCUGAAAGUAGAAGUGAGUUCCCAUCAGGGCUGAUUCCGCCCUCAAAUGAGUCUACUACUGAACAUCCAGAACCACAGCAAGAAACUUGACAAUAUUGUUGGGUCUUUCCUCAAAAGUAAUUUUGACUUCUCUCUCAUUUUCAGUUUAAGUAACUGCUGUUACUUAAGUGAUUAUAUUUUUGCUCAAAUUGAAGCUUAAUGGAAUUAUAAUUCUCAGGAUAGUAUUUUGUAAAUAAAGAUGAUUUAAAUAUGAAUCUUACGAGUAAAUUAUUUCCAUCUUAUUUUAUUCUAGAUAGUGUAAUUAUUUUAAUUUAACACAUCUACUAUCACAUAAACAAUAAUGAGAGUUUUAUAUAUAUGUAAUCUUGCAGUUGGGGAUAAUUUGAACUCCAAAGGCUGUGUCUUUAUUCCAAGAACUGUAUUUACUAUGGUUGUAGACAAAUGUGAAAGUAACUUUAUGCUUAAUUAAAUAAAUAUUAAUUGAUUUAAAGACUUGUUUGACAUUGAUAAUAAUAAAAUCAGCUAGUUUUUUUAUAAAUAUGGUUCCAUUAGUUAGUUUCUUUACUUCUGCCGAUAGCUUUGAGGCUCAAAACUAAUGCUUUAUAUGGGUCUUUCCCAUUCAGUUAUCUUAACCAAAAAUGUGUUCUCUUUCUUGCAAAUAGACAUGAACGACCCAAAGCAACAAAUUAAUACACUUAAAAGUCAAAGUUCACUGUAUUUUAAAGAAAAUCAGGAUAUUGUCUAAUGGCACAUUUCAGAAUUUGAAUCUUCUUAGUUCAUUCACUGAUUUCCUAUGCAGUUAUUUUUUUCUUGUUUUUCUCUUCAUUUGUAAGAUAUUUACUGUUUUUAGUGGGGAAUGUUGAGAUUUACUAUAAGGUAACUGUAUUGAGGCAGUGUGUCAUUUUGAGCUUUGGACUCAGUAUCUUUAGAAUGUCUCUCUAACUCAGGUUUGUGUUCUAUUAUUAGUCAUCUUGCACAUUAGUAUGAUUAUGAAAGGAAAGGCAAUUAAGUAUAGGUAAUAAAUAUUACACUAUUUA